CUUCCGCCUUCCACCUCCCGGUUGUCAUUUUAGCUUUUUAGGUCUUUGUUCACAGACUCCCAGGCUUCAGGGCGCUGGUCGUGAGGAGGAGGCGGCCUGGGAGGCAGCGCGCCUGCCGUGCGGGGUGUGUCUGAGGCUCCCUGAGCCCCAACAUCCCGAGAUUGGGGUCCCCGUGCCCCCCGGACUCCUCUCUGCUCACAGCGUCCCCGCAGCCGGACCCCAUUUCACCCUCCAGCCUGGGGGACCGGCCUCUCAGGUCCCGCCGCCCAGGUCCCCGCGCUCAGAAUGGAUAUGAACUUUGAGGACGUGGCCAUUGCCUUCUCUCAGGAGGAGUGGGGGAUCCUUGAUGAGGCUCAGAGACGUCUGUACUGUGAUGUGAUGCUGGAAGUUUUUGCACUUGUAUCAUCUCUAGGUUGUUGGCAUAAAAUGGAAGAUGAGGAGGCCUGUUCUGAUCAGAGUGUAUCUAUACAAGGAGAGUCAAAGGUCAGGGCUUCUAAGACAGCUCCAGCCACCCAGAAGAUUCCUCUGUGUAAGCAGUGUUUCUUUGUGUUAAAAGAUAUUUUACACUUGACUGGGUCACAUGCAGCAUACUUUGAGCAGAAAGCCUUCUGUAGUGACGCAUGUGUUGGAGACUUCUGUUUCAGUGCAAACCCUCACCAGCAGCAGAGGAAUGAAUGUGGAGACGAGUCCUGGAAAGAAGCUAUGGACAGGGCCUCCUUUGUGAGCAGGUGCAGCUUCUCCUUAUCUUCAGUGCCUUCAGCCAGCAGGGAGGUUGGGGAAGACUUGCAGUACAACUCACAGCUUCCCCAGCACCAGGCCACUCUCAACACUGAGGAGCUCCACUGUGGCAGUGAGAUUUCACAGGAAUUGCUUGAUGCAAGAAGUCAUCACCAGUGGGGUGAAUGUGAAAACGCUGCCAGCCACAACCUGAAAGUUGUUCAAUGUCAGGGUGUGUGUUCUGGGGAACUGAUUUGUGAGUGUAACAAAUGUAGGAAAGUGUUUAGACGAAACUUGAAUGUCAUUCGACAUAAGAGAGUUCACACUGAAGAAAAGCGAUAUGGGUGUGAUGAAUGUGGGAAGUUCUUCAGAAAAAGACCCGCACUCAUUAAACACCAGAGAGUUCACACUGGGGGGAAGCCAUAUGAGUGCAGACAUUGUAGGAAGUUUUUCAGUUAUAAGUCUACCCUCAAACAACACAACAAAUUUCACAUAGGAGAAAGGCCAUAUAAGUGUAGAGAAUGUGGGGUAUCCUUUCGUCAAAGGCCUCACCUCAAUGUACACCUCAGAGUUCACACUGGAGAGAAGCCAUAUGAGUGUACAGAAUGUGGAAAGUCCUUUUGUCUAAGGGCUAACCUCGCUAGACACCUCAGAGUUCACACUGGAGAGAAGCUGUAUGAGUGUAGCGAAUGUGGGAUGUCCUUUCCUCGAAGAUAUCACCUCACUGGGCACCUCAAAGUUCACACUGGAGGGAAGCCAUAUCCAUAUGAGUGUAGAGAAUGUGGGAUGUCCUUCCGUCUAAGGGCUCACCUCACUAUACACCUCAGAGUUCACACUGGAGAGAAUCCGUAUGCGUGUAGAGAAUGUGGGAUGUCCUUUUGUGAAAGGGAUCACCUCAUUGAACACCAGACUGUUCACACUGGAGAGAAGCCAUAUGAGUGUAGAGAAUGUGGGAUGUCCUUUCGUCGAAGGGCUCAUCUCACUGAUCACCUCAGAGUUCACACUGGAGGGAAGCCGUAUGAAUGUACUGAAUGUGGAAAGUCUUUUACCCAAAAAAAUAGUCUUAUUAAACAUCUGAGAGUUCACACUGGAGAGAAGUGUUAAAUGUGCGGGGAAUGUUUUAUUUUAUUCACUUAGAAUAACAACACUGAUGGCGACUCUUUGGGACCUAUUUUCCUGAAUUUAAACCCCUUUUUAAUGGAACAUACACUCUGCUAGAUUCCUCAUAAGUUUCUGGUACAAGUGAGGCUUGACGGAGGUGCAUUGCACUUGGUAAGAUGCCCAGAACAAAGACCUGAUUGAUUUGUGGCUGAAGAGAUUUUGAGAAAGCUAAUCCCUAUUUUGUAAAACUACUGUUUGGAAUUCUCUGCCAUUCUUUAGAUGGUCUCUUAUUCUAAAAAAAAUAACCUUGCUUUCUAGCCUGCUUUAGCCUGCUUGAAUAAUGAGGAAGAUAAACUUAGCUGUCUGACCUUGUAGGCCAGAGACUAGAUACACCCAUACUCUCAAUGCCAUGCCAGGUGUAUUUUUUAAUUGGAUAGAACUGUGUGGUUUUCAAGGCCACCAGCGAGAUAACCACUAAGCACACAUAGGGUUGGCUCUUUAAUAAAAAGGGAAGUUCUGCUUGUAGCGCUGCUUAGAAUUUGAAUUCAUUUCCUCUAAGCCCACUGCGGUGAAUAAAGUGUGACUCCAAACUCUCUGAGCAUUGCUUGAUUUAUUCUGCUUAUCUGUAACAAUUUCCCCUCUACCACCUGGCUCACCUGAAGAGUGUGUAUCAGUCCCAACCCCUGCAUGCUCAGGGGAAAGGUAUUCUGUGUUCUCACUUGUUCUUGAGAACAUUAUGAUUACUCCAGCUCUUGACACGAUCUUCAUUCAUUUCUCUCUGAUGAGGUAAUGCACCUGGGUUCAUCAAGGGCACCCGUCCUCAGCUAAUAGGUGCUGCCUCUUUCACAGACAUGUGGUUCGUACAUUAUGCUGUGAUGAAUUGUUCCAGGUUCUAAUUCACCAACCUGCAAACUGCUUGCUGUCCUCUGUUCUGGUUUAUGAUCUUUUAGUAAAGAUGUUUUUUUCUUUUGUACCUUUACUUUAUUAUAUUCACUUCCAGGGUUGAUUUUCAAGCACGAUUGUGAUCUGUCAUCAUGUAGAGUUAACAGAUAUUGUGUGGAUCCAAAACUUUCUGUGCUUUAGGAGGGAUAGCAUAACGCAAGAAAAUAAUUCCUUGACCAAUAUUGGUCAUAUUGCAUUGCUGCUAAGGCCUUGAAAUAAAGACUGUGUGACUUUGUGGUUCUAA